AUGGGACAGGCAGUGAAUUCAGAGGGAGAGAGAGAAGAAAGAGUAGCAGAGGAUGGUGAGAGAAAUGAACAGAAAGUUUGUAAUGUUGAAGGCAGAGAGACAAGAAGAGAUGAGAAACAGGGAGCAGGUUAUGAGGAGCAGAGAGAUACAGAAAAAGAGGCUGAGAGAAAGAGCACAGGAGACACAAAAGGAAGCGACUCAGACAGACCACACAUGCAGAGCAAUCUUGGAGUAGACCAGGCUGAGAUGAGAGGGAGUCCUAAAGCUGUGGUGACCAUAAAGCCUGAUAAACAUGUGUUCAGAGGAGAGACUGUGACUCUCAGAUGUGAAAUACAGGGAGGAGGAGACACUGAGUGGACAUACAGCUGGUAUAAGAAAGAUAACACACUCUACCCAUCCCGCACAACACAGGAGUUCAGCUUCAGCUCAGUUAGAAAUGAUGACAGUGGUGAAUACACCUGCAGAGGGAGGAGAAGCAGUGACUCUCAGAGAUCAGUGAUCAUUUAUUUAUGUAUUUUUUACAUUUGUUGUCCAUCAGAUGCGGCAGAGGCAGUAGUGAGUGUGUCUCCACUGCGCUGGCUGACUGAAGGAGACUCAGUGACUCUAAGCUGUGAGGUUAAACACUCCUCUACAGGCUGGACAUUCAGCUGGUACACAGAGGUUCCCUCCAGAGACAGUCAGGGUUCCCUCAGGUACAGUACAGCGCUCCUCUCAGACAGCAGCAGAGGAUCUGGAGGCUCCUACACUCUCAGUCCUGUUACUGUGAAGCACACAGGAGUUUAUAUGUGCAGAGCAGAGAGAGGAGAACCAGUCUUUCACACACGGGACAGUAACCUACAGCCACUGUGCAUCACUGGUGAAUCUCCUCCAGUGUCUCUGAUCAUCAAUCCCAGCAGAACUCAACACUUUACUGCUGACUCUCUCUCACUGAGCUGUGAGGACCAGAGUGACUCUACUGGAUGGACAGUGAGAGGAUACACACACAGUGAGACAGUGUCUGAUUGUUCAUCAGUUUCAGGAUCUACAUGUAACAUCAGCUCCCUCUCUACAUCACACACUGGAGUUUACUGGUGUCAGUCUGAAUCUGGAGGUCGCAGUAAUCCUGUCAACAUCACAGUGCACAAUGGUGAUGUGAUCCUGGAGAGUCCUGUCCAUCCUGUAACUGAGGGACGUCCUCUGACUUUACGCUGUUUACAUCACAACUCAAAGAUCUCAGACUCUGGUGUUGAUUUCUAUAAAGAUUAUUCAGUUCUCCAGUCCCAGACUACAGGAGAGAUGACCAUCAGUACUGUCUCAGAGUCAGAUGAAGGUUUCUACCACUGUAAACACCCAGAGAGAGGAGAGUCACCGAAAAGCUGGGUUUCAGUCAGAGUUCUAUCAGAUGGAAAAGCUCCACUGUCGGUACUGAAGCUCCUCAGCAGUGCAGUAGCGGCCUCUCCGUAUGUGCUGGUGACCAUCAUUCUGGCAGUGAAAUGUUACAGAGCUCGAACUGACCCUGAUGAGGACAACAGACCGUACAGAGUGAUAGAAGCUGAAGCAUCUGUCUGAGUCUCAGGUGUUUACAUUAUUUUAUCAUCUAGCUUUUAAAUAACAGCAGCUCCCCGUGCAACAGAGAACACAUUCGUGUAUGUGCUCUGUCAGUAAGUACAGUUUUAGUGAUGAGUGGCUGUGAUGCUGUUUCUGUGAUUUUGGAUGAAAACUUUAAUUCUCAUUGUGCAUUAUGUAUUUUGUUUGUUUGUUUGUUUGUUUUUUUAUGGAGUAAUUUAUUUUCCUGAUGUAUUUGUAAUACUCAUAUGCAUUUAUUUUUUACUAUUUAAGCUUUAAUUUGUAUUAUUGAUGUUGUUGUUGUUGUUGAUUUAGCUACGACUUUUACUUUGUUUAAAUUGAAUAUUAAUUUUAAAAUAUUAUUUUGAAUGAAUUUCCCAUUUACUUAAUUUAGCAUUUACUCAGGGAUAAAAGUACAUUAUGGUUUGAUACAGUGUAAUAUGUGUAAUUAAAUGGAGUAAUUCUUAUUUUGUAAUAUUUUAUGAAGUAAAUACCUGUGCAGAUAAGUUUUGGAGUGAAGUCUGCUUUUGUUCUGAUACGUUUUAAUAUUUUAAUAAAAACAAUAAGUCUGUGAAAAAAAAAAAAAACAAGAUUUCAGUCUUUACUAAAUAUCCAGUGGGAAUUAUCUAUGAAAAUAUCAGGAAACACUUACACAUACUAACUCCCAGUUAGGCAUUAAGGAAAAACCCUUUUUUACUUUUACUUUUUAUUAAGGUUUU